AGAGACUUAGGAAACCACUUUUUGCGUCACCUGCACGUCGUGUUUUUGCUGAAUGGGCAUUUGUGAAGUCAUGUGUGAUGAUCAGCUGAUAUGAGCGGAGCCGCUGUAUGUGCCUGGUGGAGACGGAGCGUUACAUUGCCUAAGGUGUUUUAGGUGAUUGUGGAUUAAGAUCGACAUACGGCUACGAUUCUACCUCAGCAGCUGAAGAUCUACAUCACAGUGAUGUCGGAUGGGGUUGUGCUCGGCGGUGAUGGAAACUUCAGCUCUCUCUGCCCGCACGGGAUCGCGUGGAUCUGGUAUGGACUGGGUGAAUGUGCCCAGGAUGGCAGAGACAUUGCCAGUGUUGUUCUCGGGCUGCUGUCGAUAGUUUGCUUCAUGGUGUCUUCAAUACCGCAAUACUACAGUUCCUGCAAGACAGGAAAUAUGGACAGCGCUCUGUCAGUUUGGUUCCUCUUAUUUUGGCUGGCGGGGGACUCGUGCAAUCUCAUUGGAUCGUUCUUGGCCGAUCAACUUCCACUACAGAAAUACACUGCAGUAUACUACGUCCUGGCAGACCUGUUAAUGCUGUCCAUGUACUUUUACUAUAAACUAAAGAAUAAGAGAUCUAGGGCCAGUCACAGUGCAUUGCUGAAUGCGGUCAGCAUGCUAUGUCUUCUGGGAAUUACAUCUUCCGUACUUAGCCUUCCUCGAUCAGCACUAGAGGAUCAGACGCAUAUGGGCUUCAAGGGUCGGGCGCUGCUGGCCGUGGAGGAGGACAACGGUUCAGUGCAGCCUUUCAGUACAAAGGAGAUUGUAGGCUUCGCCAUCGGCUCUAUAUCUUCAGUGCUGUAUUUAUGCUCCAGACUGCCACAGAUGUACACUAAUUUUCGGAGGAAGUCAACAGAGGGCGUUUCUUUUUUCCUGUUCGCUCUGGUGAUUCUGGGAAACACAACCUAUGGCAUCAGUGUGCUACUGAAGAACCCAGACCCAGGGCAGGGAGAGGCCAGCUACAUCGUACACCACCUUCCCUGGCUCAUCGGCAGCCUGGGAACCCUCUCACUUGACCUUAUAAUAUCCGUGCAGUUCAUGAUGUACAGCAAAUCUCCUCGGAAUUCUGCAGAUGGAGAUGAAGAGGCCGCUGCGCUUCUCCAUAACUGAACAAUUCCUAUUCCUGCUGUGACCGAAUGAAAUGCCUGAUGGUUUUUUUUUUUUUUUUUGAGCAUCACAUUUCCACAGCCACAGCUGACAUACAAGAAUCACACCCCCUAAUAGUUUUAUCUGGAUUUUAUACCAAUAAGUUUUAAACCUAGCAGCAUCGGUGGUUAAAUGUAGUUUUGUCUAAUGGUGAAUAGUCAACUUUGUGGUUCCUAAUUUGGCACCAAUAGGACUUAUUGAAACAAUUUUGUACUGUACUUCCGAAUUCUUUCAAGUUGUUGUUUUUACAACGCGUGCAAUCGUGUUAUUUUUCUUUUAUAUACAGUGGAAUGAAUGCUGCAUUCGGCGGAUUUAGCAGUCUUGACUAAGCAAGGACUGAAAAUAUUCUGCCUUUAAUCUGUGUACUGUAAUGAUUUGUUAAUAGGCUGUUUUGUGCAAUCUGUCAAAAAUAUUUUGGUAUUGUAAAGAUGUUUGUAAUUUUUAUAUUUUGGCCUCUGAUUUGAUUUAGCACUGCACCUGUCAGUUUGUACGUUCAUUGAAGUUCUUGUUAAGUCUUAUUUGACGCUGUGCCUGUUUUUUUUCUUUUCGUGUUCUUUAUCACAGCACAACAUUCACUAAAGAUUUUUGUUUUUCUGAGGCCAAACAUGCUUGAACUUUCUUUUUUGGUCUGAAAAAUCAAUUUGUUUACAUCCCCAGCAUAUUUGUCUUUGCAAGCAAAGUAUCAACAUAAAAUAACUUUCGCCAGUUAUUUUGCUUCUGUAAUGUUAUGAAUUAUUUUUAGAAUGCAUGAUGGAACAAUUUUAUCUAUCAGGAAUCGACUGGAUCAUGAAAAGUGGGGGCAAAAUAAUGGAACAGCCUAAGGUGAAUAUCAGUAUCACCACAUUGCCAGUAUGCACACUUGAGGAAGCUACUGUGUUGUAACAUGGCAACGCUGGUAAAAUGAUGCUACCUUCUCGUUCACUUCUGCUACCCCGCUAUGCCCUGGUCAUACGCUCUGAUAAUAGCUUUGUUAGGUCUUUACAUUAUUUAGACAAUUAGCCAAAAAAAAAAAAUCUGUUAAAUCUGAUUCUGUUGCAUAGAACUGAAUAAAAAUAAUAUACUGAUAUUUAAUAUUAAUAUAUUUUGUGU